AUGAGGCAUCAGAUAGACCUGCUGGCCACUGUCACAGUUUUGGGAGUGCUGGAGCAAGCCUAUUUUGCACUGCAGGUGAUCUAUGCCCGGCGGCAGUACAGGAUCUCACCUCCCAGGACAACAGGUCACCCUGAAUUUGAGCGCAUCUUCAGAGCUCAGGCGAAUUGCUCAGAGUACUUCCCAAUCUUCAUCUCACUCCUCUGGGUUGCUGGCAUCUUCUUCCAUCAAGGUAUGGCUGCAGCAUGUGGGCUGCUCUACCUCUGCACACGCUUCAGGUACUUCCAGGGCUACGCUGUGGCUGCGCAGGGACGGUUGGGGCCACUGUACGCCAGCGCCCGGGUGCUGUGGCUGGUGCUGGGGGUGGGGGGGGGCCGGGCUUCUGGCACACUUGCUAAAAUUUUGGGGGUUACAUAUUCACCUUUCCAAGCAGAAACAGCCCGGUGA